CUACCAAGCAGAAGAACCAAAACAAACAUCAGCAACAGUUACACCGAAACUUCUGUCAAACGAACAGAUGCUAUAAACGAAUCUGAAUUUCAAAAGUACAUAAAAAAGUGACUGCUAGUCCUGAGAACAGGUUGGUCCUAGGAACAUGAAUAACAACAAGCGCACAGAGAGUGCUGUGAAUUUGCAGAAUGAUAGAGGAAAGGAUCAUCAGUUUAGCCACAAUCAGUACAACCAUAACUCAGGGGAUUGGCAGUAUGAUAAUGCAGAUGCAGCUGACAGUUCGGUAGAUCAUCCUUUCCUUAGUGGUGAUUCACAGAGUGACAGCUCAUACUUAGGCCAGCAAAGGAAUUCCCCCUACAGAAGUGGCCAGUGUAUGGACAGUACACUAAGAGGUGGUCCCAGCAGAGACAACUCCUGUGGAAGCAAACAUACUCAGGGAAGCAGAUCCAGAGAUAAUUCCAUGAGGGGUGGCCCAAGCAGGGGUAGUCCAUACAGAACUCACCCAUAUAGACGUAGUCCAAAUAUGGAUAUGCCUGCCAGGGAGAGGAUCAACUCUUAUCGAACUUUUGAUCGAGAAAUUCUUCAGUCGCAAAGUGAUGUUUUAGAGGGAAUUUUUGGUUCAACUGGAGGAAACACAAGCCAAAGACAUGACAGUGCAUUUGUUGAUCGCAGCUACAAUGGAAACGUCGGACAAGUUGAUGUAGGCUCUCAGGGAAUUAGUGACUUCCUAGUUGAAAAGUUGGGUGAAUAUUCUGUGAAUAGUGGUGCAGAAGCACAGCAAGCUUUGAAGGUCAUCAGUAUGUUCUUAAAACCCAUCCAAGAAUAUAAUAUAAAGCUUCAAGAUGCAAAAGCCAUUGCUCUGGUGAGUGUGGCAGAGAUGAACAUUCAGACACUUAUGGAACGAGAUGUCUUCUCUUAAUGUGUGAGACAGCUGUGAAGGUUCUCAGAAUGAGUGUUGAGAUGGAUAGAGCAAACGCUGUGUAUAUGAAAUGUAUUUCUUGAAAAGUGGUUUUUUGACAAUGUAACAAAUGGUGUUCAUUAUGUGAGAGAUGACUUAUUGGGACAUAUGGCAUUCAGAUUUGAAAGAUAAUGUGAAUCGCAAUUGUAUUGGUAAUAUUUUUAAAAUUUGAUCAUGA